AUGUGGGUAUCCUCGUCAAGACUUCGUAUGGCAAUAGCCAGGUCAAAGAAGGCAAUGGAGGAUAGGAAGAAAAAUGCAUAUGAAUGUUUUAGAAAGGUGGUCCAUAGCACCCGCAGGUGUGUCUUAGUGUUGGUUGCCUACUGCAUGGCACCUGUUACCGGUGUUACUCUGCUUAUUGAAAGUGUCCUACAUAGCGAGAACAUUGCCGCUAAAUGUUACUCGUCGUAUAUUAUUGCUGGUUCCAUCUCUACUAUCGUAUCUCUCAUUCGCCUGAAAAUGAGCUUCAGUGCCUUGGUAAUUUGCUUCUGGCUACUGAUCCCUACUCUGGUCAUGUUCGUCCCAGUCAUAUGUUUUGGUAAUGGACAAAUAGCCAAGAUUAUCUUCAUCAUUCUUUGUGGAAUAGUUGGAAUUCUUGAAGCGCCUGUCCUUCAGGUGUCCACGUUUAUGACAUCAAAGCUAUUCCUAAAUUCUGCAGCUUCAACUCUCUAUUCCGGCUACCCGUUUGGGUCUAUCUCCAUGGGACUGUUCCAACUAAUCAUGGAGCACAUUAUAGGUACCAGUAGCAUUCCUCAGAUGAGAUUGUGCGCGACCCUGUGCUAUGGAGUCAGAGUAGUCGUCGGAAUUUUCACAGCCUUCUGGGUCACCUAUCUCCACAUUAGGUAUGACGAGCGUGUCAAAGAGGAGGAAAAGAAGGCCGUAGAAGAGAAAAAUAAGAAGCAAAGCCAGGAGAAUACUACUACUGGUGCUAGUACCAGCACUAACAGCAGUGAACCAACAAAGACCGUUGGAACUCUCCUGAGGGUGUUCUUUCAUCCCUGUCUCAUACCGUUCCUUAUAGAUUUGUCUAACAGAGAGAAGCUUGUCAUCUCGCUGUCUUUCAUGUUCUGUGACUUUAUAGGCGUAAAUUAUGCCAGCAAUUUUGAUGAAACCAUUGACCCAUCUGAAAAGACUCCUUCUCAGUCUCAUUUUUUAUUUUUAAUCACAAGGGAUUUGACUCUUCAUCUUAUAUGGAUAUCAACUAUUUCCCUGGUCUCAUUUAUCGUCUGGAACAUUUGGACCUGCAAAUUUGAAUUAACCAACUCUUCGUUCUUCCUCCUCCUCUUGGCUUUCAUAAUGUGCGAAUACUAG